AUGGCGGCUCGACGGCCACGGAAAGAACUGACGUCGAAGAGAGUGCGAAAGUCUUUAAGAGCAAAUAUAUUGCCACUGGUAAGUUUUGGUCGCUUUUCGUUAUUUACAAUUGCAAUAUUUUCCCCAUGUAAAUUACUUAGGCCUUGUAGGUAGUUAAAUUGCACAUACUAUCGCAUUCCCAUAAGAAUGAAUUGCCACAUGUGCAUGUUACAACAUAUGGUAAGACUAAGAACUAUGUUCCAUCCUACAGUACAGCUAGUACGUACCAUUACAAAUAACUAAAUCAUUAUGUAAACGUUAACUUAUUGGUAUACGCCAAUACCUUUACAGGUCAAGGGUGAUUUAAAGGCAAUCGGCUGCAGAGCGACAUGGCGUGUAAGAAGGGAAGACCGACAAAUGGCGCACAAUCUUAUUGCCAGCAAAAGGCUCGAGUUGGAGGAUGCGUUGACCAAAGUUAGUGGCGUCCAAUUUUCCAACAGAUCACUUCAAAACUUCUACAUCUUCUUGAGGACCCCGAAAGCAAUUUAUCAACAAAUAGCAAUGACAAGACACGGGACUGUAUCGAAAGUAAAAUAAACGCUUGUCCCCCCAACACAGCAGUCCUACAUCAGCCCGAAAGUACACAUGUCCCAACUGUGCAGACUGCAGUAGCAACGGUUCAUAAACAGAUGCAUGAAAGUGAUGAUGAACAGCAAGAAAAUUCCUUACCCUUGAUUAUUCCUGACCAAUCGACAUGGGUGUUAAAUGACAACUGGUACUAUCAAAAGAUUGUAAACUUUUGGGAGUGGAACUUUCAUCGUACAAAACUCUCACGCUUCCACGCAACCUCUUUUACCGAGCGACGGAUGAAGGCAGAAAGACGGCGCGACAAAACCGAAGCAGACUUCUGGAGGAAAGCGGAUCCAGAAAUAGACGCGUGGAUGUUAGUAACAGGAAAAACACGCGAUGUGUUUGAUAUUGAUCGAUUUGCAAAGAGGCAUGAAAAAGAUUACAAAACUUUACUACGCGUACGAGCUGUUGUUCAGGUGAAAGUUAUGAAAGAUCGAUGUCCCAUGUUCAGGGCUAUGGAGAAAAUCAACAAUCCCAAUAAAGAAUGCGAAGAUGUUUUUUUAAAUUCGCAGACAUAUUUUACAACCGUCAGGCAGUAG